GGUCGAAUACGAAGGCUUGCAUCUUAUAUGUUUUUGAGUGUGGGGAAUAUGGCCACCGAGAUAGAGCUUUGUCCGAAGCAAAACCAGACUGAUGUAGAAAACUCACCGGCGGCGAAGGAGGUUCUCCCAAACCCGGAUCCGCAAGUCGGGUCGGAACAAAGGCCUUUCGGACCUUGGAUGCUACCUCCCAACAGACGUCGCAAGAGGACCACGUGGUCAGCCUAAGAAUCAGGGACCACAAGAUAGCAAAUACCCAAAAGGAGAAGGAAGGAUGUUAACAAACCCAGAAAGGUCGUAUCGGUCAGGGAGCCAGAAGCGAGAUGCGUGCGCACGGGUGAGAAAUCAGCCGUAUUUCAGCCUAGUGGAAAGAAGACACUCAGUGCUAGCAGCAGGAGUACUUUCUCGGAUACGGUCCCUUUUUAUAGGUUUGCUGCCCUGCGACACGUGGCAGAAGAGGACUCAAGGACACAUGCCAGAUCUUUGGGUCGGUAUUUCUUCCUUAAGAUCUCAACCAACCACCCUUUGGUGGUUUUCCACGACCGAACCAUAGGUCAUGAGGCAUUCAAAAUUUGACAUGCAUCGAGGUCAAUCUUUGCACCUUAGAUGUGAUGAGACUAUUUAUUUUCAAAGCGACCCGUUGAACCCAAAGCCCAGAGCGAACGACCUUGACAAAGGUCCCAUAAAGACCCUUUUUUGGGGGUCUUGUUUCAAGGUCUUAUUCCUUCCAUAGGAGGACCUUGGUUCCAAGAUCUCUAUGUCUUUAAUGCCCCUUGGGACGUUGAAAGGAGUGAGUACUUGGAGGACUUUGGGGUCGGCCGGCCUCUGUACUAAAUCAUAUUUCGGAUUACGGGGAACUCCCUCUCUCCUACGCCUCUCAGUCAAAAGAGUGCGGGUUCCCAUCCCGAAUCUCCUUAGCUUAGUUGAAAGUGAAAAACCUCUCUCUAUCGCCCUUCCUUCUUUUAGCAGUUCAUCUCGAGAAUCUUGAAUGUUUAGCGAAUCGAUCGUAAUUGGUCUGACCGCUCAAGGCUUAUCUCUCUAUUCCCCUUUCUGGUCUCCGGUCAUUGGUAGAAAGCCUGUAAAUGGAAUUUCUCUCCUCUCCUUUCAGUCGAGUUCCCUCUUUUAUAAGAGUAAUAAAUUACGUUGGACCUCUCCGAUGGCCAUUGCUGGGGCAUUCUAUCAAGUUAGAGCUAGGGCUUUCUAUCAAGUUUUCCUGAUCUCUGAGUCCCUAAAGAUGCUACCCAUAAAGUACUAGCUUUUGACUGUAGACAUAUCACAGUAAAUCGAUAGUGUCCUUAACAGUAAACUGCUGGGUGCCCCCCAAAAAAGGGGCAGAAGCUGUGAACGAUGGAUACUAUUGGCGAACUGGAACAUAUGUCGGCUACAGAGAAUAUUUCAUUGUAAUCGAUGCGAGAAUAUCCCUUUCCCACCAAUCUUGCCUUAAACCGUGGAGAAUAUGGGAGCAAGCCUACAUCGAGCAAGUUGACAUUGCGAAAUUGUGUGAAAUAAAUCAAAGAUGGAUCUUUUUCACGCCCGAUUCGAGAUGCUUCCUUAAGCGCCUUAGAUUCUCACGAGGAGUAUUGGUCAUUGUAAGUGAUCCAUCUAGUGCAUGAAGGGAAAGGCUUGAUCUGCUCAUUCCCCCUCUUUCUUUGAAGCAGAAAGGCAAAGAGCUGCUUCUUCAGGACAGGAAGAGACCCCCAAUCCUAUGGAUACGAUGAACGGGAAAGAAACCGAUCCUCCUUUAUUUGAGUCCCUCGUGGAAGAAGAAUUAGCUGAUGUAGAAGGUUUCUUUCUUAUCCUAUCCACCACAUCUUUUACAUACUCAGACAGACUCCAGCGCCUAUUUCAAGCUAAAGAGAUCACAAUAGUCAAUUCGCUACGCCCCUACUCUUUAGACUUAGACUCACCAACUUAACCAAUGGCUUAGAGGGCGAAGGACAAGAAAGUCAAUUGGCAGAAAAGAUUCGCUACAGAUCGAUGAUCAACCCUCAUUUCUCAUUAGACUGCAACCCCCACUGAAACGAAAGGAGCUGUGGUUAGCCUGAACUUCAUUCUCACCCGUUCCCUUCAGAUUAUUAGGGGAAAGCAAAAGUCGAUCCGCUCAACGCCUUGCUCUCGAGACUCUUUCGCUAACUUCUCCAAUCAAGUUGAGUGCUUGGAUCUUUCUUCAAAGGAAUUCUUCCGGAGAGUCGCUCCAACUUAGAAUGGGCCCAACGCUCCUCAACCAUAGGAGCCGUGAGAGCCCUCUAAUAAGAGAAGGAGUUGUACGCAACGCAGGAAAGCAAGAAAAGAAGAAAAAGCAAUUCAUGGGGGAAGUCACAGCAUCAAAACCAGGAGUUCAAGUAGGAAGGGGUCGGACGGGAUCGCAUGAGUACGAGAGAAAGCAAUUCAUGGGGGAAAGAAAGGACGAUGCCAUUCAAUUAUGGGACUGAUUCUUUGACUUGCUUUAGCUUUCCAUUCUUUGGAUAAUGGUCUAGCCGAGUAACUUGAUCUUCCUUUACCAUCUAUAUCUGAAUGGACUUUACCAUCCAUAUCUGAAUUGAAAAGAAGAUUGAAGUAAGGAGCAGGUUCAAGUCAUAGUUCUCACCAACUAUAGAAGAAUAGGGAUCUACUCGUGCUAAAGAAGAUUGAUAGCCAACUACCAUCUUAUCUGUUCGGAACGAACUCCUAUGUCUUAUUGGUAUGUGAUUGAAAUCUAUCGGAUCCUCCUAUGUCUUAUUGGUAUGUGAUACAAGCAUAUUAAAGGAAAGAAUGCGGAAGGAGAUUGGAAAAGCUUUCCAUAGGCUUGGCCCUAGAGGUUGUCAUUGAGUUGAACUAGCUCGCCUUCUUUCCUCGAUCAGAAUACGAAUAAGAUCUUCACUUUUGGGAUAAGUGAAAUCGUAUGUAUCCAUCCAUGGUGUAUCUGGUGCUCUCGUAUAUAAGAGAAGGGCAGCAUUUAUGAGUAAUCGAUCUCACAAACUAUCAAUUUCAUAAGAGAAGACGAAGACGGAUCAAAUUGAAUAAUCGAAGAGAGAUGGGACCCUAGCUACGAGUCAUUCCCUCUGACGUCGAAUGAUCUACUUGCUUGUACUUAUCUUUGUCGAGAUGUUGUUGGUCUUCAGUAUACCACUCCGUGGGUACAAGAUCGCAAAGAAUGCAUUCCAAGUGAGAUGUCCAAGAUCAAAGGAACGAGGGUAAGAAUCGACGAGGAAUCAAUAAGAUAUAAGAUAAGUGAAUGACAAAGCGUGAGUAGAAUUCUCAACCCGAGAUGUUAGAAGGUGCAAAAUCAAUAGGUGCCGGAGCUGCUACAAUUGCUUCAGCGGGAGCUGCUAUCGGUAUUGGAAACGUCUUCAGUUCUUUGAUCCAUUCUGUGGCGCGAAAUCCAUCAUUGGCUAAACAAUCAUUUGGUUAUGCCAUUUUGGGCUUUGCUCUAACCGAAGCUAUUGCAUUGUUUGCCCCAAUGAUGGCCUUUUUGAUCUUAUUCGUAUUCUGAUCGAAGAAAGAAGGUUUCCAUUCAGUCUCAUAAAGCAAGCACCUCUUUCACAUAAGAAAGUGGAGGCAGGCUUGUGGGGAUACGAUCUAAAAUGAUUCCACAUGAAAGAGGACCGGGCAAUCGCCCUCUUGAGUAAUGAAGAAGCGGGCUAGUCCCCGAAAAUGCCCGUUAAUAAAGCAAGUUGGG